AUGGAGAUGAAGAGAGAGCUUCGAGUAGAGAAGAAGGAGGCUGAGGAAGAGAACAUGUGUACGGCGUUGUUGACUGCAGUUGUUGUGCUCUCGAUGGCUUGCUUGAAACAUUUCUCCUCUGUAUCGUAUUUGGUCGAGCAAUGGCGUUCGUUGGUCUUUCUUUUACUCAACGUCGUUCUCUUAGCCGUUUACUUCACCUCGACCCGUCCUAUUUCCGGCGAGACUCGUCACGAUUUCAAGACUCGUCGAGGUGGUAGAUUGAGGAUGGUGCGAGGGAAGAAGAUUAAAAAGACGAAGAAGACAAGGAUGGUGGUGGAACCGGCUAGUUCCGAGAAAGGUUUUCUCGUCGUCGAGCCAAAGGAAGUGAUCAAGGAAUGUGUAGUGGAAGAGACCAAAAGGGUUUGUCCUGUAUUAGAGGAAGCUGUGAAAGAUUGCGUAUCUCACAAGAAAGCUAUGGACUUUGUUGGAGAAGAAGAUGAGUUCGAGCCAGGGAGGUUGUCGAAUGAGGAGCUGAACGAGAGAGUAGAGGCGUUCAUCACAACGUUCAGACAGCAUUUGGUGCUUGAUGCGCGAAGAGGUAGAGACAGAGAAACUGACCAGAAGAUGAGAUCAAAAGACUCUGACAUUAGCUUCUUAGGUCGGGAGGUCGCUUGUUCGGUUUAA